GAACUAGCUAUGAGGUACAUGUAGUUGCCUUUGUCUGGAGUACAAGUUUAUUAUGUGUCUACUAUUUAAAUACGCUGUAGGUUUCAGCACACUGGAAGAAACAGCAGAGCUAAAAAUGGCUGGAAGAUCAGGCUGAGUUCUUAUUAUCAGUAGGGAUGCAUACGCAUUGUUGUCAACAGGGCAGUGACAUCAUCAGCUACGCAUACAUGUUGACACAUACCUCCAUGCAUGCAUGACCCCACUUAAGGCUUGCAUUUUCUGGCAGAACUGCAGAGAAGUACCAGUACACGUUUGAAUUCUUUUGGAAGCAUUUCUAUCUUUACCAUGGAUUGAUCAUUCUGACUGAUUAUGAUGUCAUUUUCCAAAUAAAAUUCUGUGAAUCAUCAUUGUAAUUGAAUGAGAGCCAAGUUAGGUAGCAUCCUGUUCCUCUUCUUCCGAUGAUCAAAGCCAAUUGUGAAAGUUUAUCCAUUCUAAACGAGAAAGUCGACCACAGUGGUUUUACCAAAUACCAAUUAAAGGUAUUGACAAGUGAGACUUGGGGCUAUGACCUAAUCCUUGAGCUCCAUCUGGUAGGUGUUAAAUUAGAAACCACAGUCAUCAUUGAGUAGAUAGCGCAACCAUGGUACCUCAGGACGACCGGAGGGAAGCAAGGCCCGUGAAUCAUCUACAUGAUCACAUCCAUCCAAAGGAUGAGGCCUUCCAGUAUCGAGGUACACAGCCCAUGAAAAUGGUCAAGCAGUUUGUCAAGGAGAACCAUCCCGCGAUCGUAAUCUUGCAGGGUUUCCUUUUGUUGGGUAAAACUAGAACAAGCAAGGAGUUUGCCCGUCUGCUGGCGAAGCGAUUGCGAGAAUCAACGGAUUGCGCCAAGGAAGUUUACACUUUCCUGUUUGAUCUAAAAAAUGUUGAAUCAGCAGAGAAACUGCCAAGUUAUAUCUACAAUGAUUUAUGCAAAGCUGAAAUAAAAGGCUUUGAGUGUAAUGUCGUAGAUAAUAUUGAUCAACUCAGUGAUGCCUUUAAAAAGGCAAAUGAUUGGAACAAGGUAUUUGUACUUGUACUUGACAAUAUUGAUAGAGUUCAUGACAGGGAACGGCCGAAGAUGCUUGAGUUUAUCCAGGAUUUUGCAGCUAUCACCAGAAAUGUGCAUCUUGUCCUUACCAGUGUUACUGAUGUGAAUCUAGUGAGAGAUCCCAAUAUGUUCAUGAAGUAUCAUUUGAAGCCAUUGGAGCCAGAUUGUGCCAAAGAAUUGCUGCGGGAGACAGCGGGUAAUCCAGAAGGCUUUGAUAGGCAUGCAGGUGAUAUCGUCUGUCUGGUGGGUGGGUCGCCGUUAGCUCUAAUGAUCGCAGGGAACGAGAUGAACAAAAAGUCCACCCAACUGCCAUACACUCCCGAGGACUUUGUUGAAGUCAUGAAAGACUCGUCAUCGUUAGCCCUUCACCUUGAGAAUUCCCCUUCAGAUGAUCAACUAGUAAAGAGAAUAACCGAUAUUGUCAAGGACAAUUUCAGUGAGUUGGAGAAGUUAGUAAUGGCAAUGGACAACCCACAAGUAUUUACUCCAGAGGACUUGAAAGAUGCCAUGGCUGCUGCAUGUGGAACUCAAAAGCAUGCAUGGGAGAUCAAAAGGAUUGUUCUGUUUGUCCUACGAAAAUCUAUGUAUGGAUUUAAUGAUGAUAAUGGUAGUGCUGAAUCUACACCUCUAGUGAUUGAAAUAUUGAAGGAAACAUUCUGCCAGAUGACCUCAAAGGAUGGUUUCCUUAAGGCUUUCAACAGGAAUCUGGUGAACACUAUAGAUGACACAAGCCACUUGAUGAGGUUGGUAGCAAAAGGGCUUCGCCAGGCUGAAAUCUGCCUUCUUAGAAAUCAUGUGCAUCAAGAGGUGCAGAAUCUGCGGAGCAUCGUCAUUUCAAAAGCCUGUGAAUUGCUUCUAACAAUUGGAGUAGAUGAUAAGACCCUGAAUGACUUUCGCUCAAAGAGUCUACACAUUAAAAAAGAGUGGGAAGAGUUGGAGGCCAAACCAGACAGAAUACAUGUACAAGUGGGUAUUCAAGAGAGUUGCCCUAAUCCUGAAGGAAAGUCUGUUGAAAAAGAAUUAGAGGCCUGUAUCUCUCCAACAUUUCCACCAAACAUAUUGGCCAAUGUGAAAGAAAGCCUGGCCGUCGGUUCUUCAACAUCUUCAGUGCAAGCAGCAAAUGUUGAAAGUUCUGACGAAACCAAACGGGUUGACGAACCAUAUCAACAGAAGGAAAGUGGAGACAAAGAACAAAAUGCGAGUGGAAAGACCCUAAUAGCUGGAAUAACCAGGGUAGUUAGUGAAACAACUGUCAAGGGGCAAGCUUCAGAUAGUCUUCUCUCAUCAUGCAGUGUCAAGACCACAGUUACAAAAGAAGUUAAUUCUAAAACUGCCCAUGUGAAUCAAGAUAAAUGUGUGACUGCUGUAUCCUUUUCUCAAGCAAGCACCCUUUCAGAUGCAUUUGGUCACUUUUCCAUUAGACAACUUAGUGAACCAGGUUCCCUUCAUUCCACAGAUUGCAGGGAACCAUCUCAGGAGAGCCUGCCGUUGCAUGGUACCUACUCCGCCUUGCCCACACGUCAGGACAACCAUGUCCUCACAAGUUCUCCAGACGUUGAAAGUAGAAAACAGGGUGAUCAACAAGAUAUUGAUACAGGAUGUAAUGGGUUGUCCAGGAAAGAAGCGACAGAAUCAGAAUUUGAGGAUUGGGAGCAUGGAGAUGGUGAAGAGGUAGGUGAGUCAAAGGAAGAAACAAAUGCCAAUGGCGAACCUUCUUUUAAGGUUCCUCAGCCUGACAGAAAGGAGCAUCUUGCUGGCAGUGAAAUGAAUGGUGAAGAUAACAAGCCUCUGCAUCUGCACGACAUUCAGACAGCUGUUGUCACAUCUAAUCCCAGGAUCUCCAAUGCCACUACCACUGGAAGACAAAGUGAUAUUCUGCAGCAGUCUCGUCCACAAGAUAGAAGGAGACAUGAAACCAGGGGACCGGGUAUCCUAGGGCUGCCUCCUGCAGCUGCAUCCUUUGACUCCCGUAGACAUCCACCUGUUCCUGGAUAUCUAUCCCAUAAUCUAGCAUUGCACCAAAAUCCCUCCUCUCCACGUAUGGAUAUAAGAUAUCCAGUAGACUGUAGAUUCAUGCCUGCCAGCCAACCGAUACAGGAACAGAACUAUAUGGCACCGGGUCUUCUUCAGCCAUCAAAUGUCCAAGCGUUCAAUAACACACCUUACAGUGGAAGUUCAGGUCACUACAAUCACUUUGGUAGAGAGUAUAACGAGCGUGAUUUCGAUCAAGGUCCCGGUUCUCUUCAGCAAUCACAGGUCCAAGGUGAUAGGCUCCCUAACACAAAUUACAGUGGAGGUUCCGGCCAGUACAAUCAUUUCGGAAGGGAGUACAAUCAGUAUAAUAUUGUAGAGUCCCACAACCCAAGCAGUAUCCCUGUGCAGAAAUUGACAAAGACAUUUGAUGAAUUAUCUCUAGAGCGUGAGCCACCUCCUUCAAGUGGUAUGUCAUAUUCACCUUCAGACUUUCAGCAGCAACAAUCCAAGUGUGUCUACCCUCCUCAGAUGAGUGCGCAUCCUUAUCAUAGCCUUGUAUCCACUCCUUCUCCAUGCUUCCAACCUCGGGGACCCCCCUCUCAUAAUGUCCAAAGUCCCCCUCACACCUUGAGAAUGUAUGGGGAUUACCAACCCGGCAGUGUCAGGAAUAGCCACCACCAAGUACAAGGGCCACCUCAUGAUAUUGAUCCUUCAUCUCAGAACUCAAGAUUGCGAUCCCGGGGUCCAUCAAGUAGGUUCCAACAGUCGUAUGGUCCCCCGUCCCAAAACCAUGUCGGUACCCCACCUCCCCAAUCCCAGGUCCAGUCACCCAGUUACAGAUAUCAACAAUCUCAAGGACCACCCUUCCAGAGCUUCCAGAGCAUGGGAAUGCCCCCUUCUCCAUGCUUCCAACCCCGGGGAACCCCCUCAAGUAAUAUCCAAAGUCCCCCUCACACCUUGAGAAUGUAUGGGGAUGACCAACCUGGCGGUGCCAGUAAUGGCCCACCAAGUCGACCUUAUCAAGGAGAUCAUGUCCACCGACAACACGGUCAGUAUCAACCUCAAUCUAGGUAUGAUCAAAGAAAUGGUCGGUACUAAAACCAGUCAAAUGUCAUGAUUUCACUUGGUUGAUAACUGUCAUGUAACAGGGUCCCUUUUCCUUUAUAAUGUCCAGUCACACAUAUUUACAAGCAAUAAUUCCAUGCAAGAUUUGUACCAGUAGGCUAUUUCAUAAUUUUUUUCGUGCGACAUGUUUUGAAGAUUGUCUUUUGAGUUGCCAAAAUGAUUUUUUUUUUAUAUAACACUCAUUUCACGUGGGAUUUUGUUUCAUGUAGAGUUUUUUCAGAGAAAAAGGUAGAAGGUUACUGCAUAAAUGUACACUGUUCUAUAUUUUGAGGCAAUACAAACACAAAUGGCCAAUGAAUAUAUAUUAGCAAUUCAUAAUAAGUUUAAUGAUUAAAGAUUGACCAGCAUUUCAUGGGGAUUUUCUCAUACAUGAAGAUUCUUUUUGAAAGUUUGUUAUGUUCUCAAAUUAUCAUGGCUUCACCAGUCCAUGAAAUCAAGUAGCAAUGGACAAAACGUAAGUCAGAUGAUAAAAAAUAUAA